GAUAAAUAAGGUAACCAGCCAAAGCUCCAUGUGAUGUAUAUUGUUUUGGGAUUGUAUUUAACUGUUUUUCGGUUAACAUGACAAUCGGAUAAAAUUUGAGCAGGUAACCUUUGUUUAUUGAGCCAAUUUUUUUCCCGCUUAAGCAAAUUUUGUGCUUUAGCAGCUCUAUGAAAUAAGCAAACAAACCAACCUGAAUCUCCAGUCUAAGCAUGUUCUAAGGUUUGUCAAGAAAUGCAGUAGAAGUGUAGCCUAACAAUAUGAGGGGAAUUGUGUGACUGCUUAUCUCUGAACAACAAAGGAGUGGAUUUACUCAGCCAUUGGAUUAUUUGUCAAACAGUUGACCGCUGUUGACUCUGUCAACAGUGAACUGACAGUGGGGACAGAUAAUGCCAUUUUGAUGGCAUGUACUUGGCAAAUCCCGGUGAGAGCUGUACAGAGGCUCACUUGAAUAUGAGUGGUAGCCAAAGUCAGUUUUGACAGAUAAAUGUAAAUUCUGAAUAAAGAUUAGUUUCCAGUGUAGGGGAGCUGUUUUUUGUAGGGGGAGUGCAUCCUGGAGAUUGAUCUCAAAGGUCUGAAGGCCAGUUUCUUCCUUUAGUUGACAGUCCAACAACACUUUAUUAUUAAUUUGUCAAAAUCCAUCCUGGAGAAAAAUCUGACAUUUCUAAAAGCAGUUUAUUGGGGCACCAGCACAUAAUAUGCCAGCAUGCAAGGGAACCAGCGCAGGGACCACCGAUUGAGAUUCAGAUCCACAUGUGACCCACUCUGUGAAAAUGAGUCCUAUAUGACUCCAGAGCCACUUUUGACUUGAAGGCCUUCAAAAGAAUCUGGCACAGUGUAUUAGCAACAGGAAUCCUCAACAUUUUAACAUCGAUGCAAUGCCCAUUUUCAUUAUACCAAACUGAGUGACAAAUCAACAGAAAGAGCUCAAAUUCCUCAACCCAAUACAAAGUAAAACUCAAAAGUAGCUCCGGAGGCUGGUGACUUAAUUUUACCGAGCGGGUCACAUAUAAGAGACACAGUAUGUGUCCCAGCGCUCACACAAAAGCUUUUUCACUUUCUCUUUUUCUUUUUUUUGUUAAACUGGUUGUGCCUUCAUUGUGCAUUUUUCAGAAUUUUAAAAGAAGUCUUUGUUGAUACCGGCAGGUUUCUUUGCAGUCUUAUUUGGAGAGGAUAUGACAAUAAAAUUUGGAUGAUUUUCUUAACCACCCCGAAAGUAAAUUAGUGGCAUGAGAUUGAACUGAGCUCCCAAUUGGGGAGUUUCUGAUCAUAUGUGCCAAAGAUUUGCAUACAAUUAGAUUUUGCUGGGCAUAAGAAGGGAAUUUCCCAGUCUGGAACCUCUUACAGGUCAUUCAGCUCACGUGAAACGGUAUCGGCAAGGCACAUAGAAGUACAAGUACAUGACUUGGGACCACCCAAGACUAGCUUCAGAAACUCUAACCAUAUGUCUCAAAUACCUUCUUGUCCGGGCCAAGUUCUUAAAUGUAGUGGACCGAAUUUCAGCCAGACAUCUUCAGUGGUUCUCCUGAACAUUUCAGCCGCUCAAAGUCUUGGUGCCAGACCCCCUUUUAUGCAUCUUGUAAUGUAGCUUUAGCGUUUUCUGCAAAAGACAUACAGUUGAUGCUGGUAUUGAAAUGGAAUGAAUCCCACAACGGUUAUCGUCAACUGUGUGUCUAAAGCCCAAGGUUGUCUAGAUUCUGCACUCGCGUGAAGGCAUCAUGGCGGCCAUGUUUCAGUGGACGAUCAGGGCUGCCUUUGUCAGACUGUCACGUCGGGGGAACAAGCCUGGCUUGGCUCGGUGCCUGUCAACAACGCUGCCGGCCCAGCAAGACUUUGGCAGCUUGCCCAGCCUGGAUAACCCCAGGGUACUUAUUACAGGAGCCCUAGGCCAGCUUGGGCAGGGUCUAGCAAAAAUGCUACGCAACAAGUACGGCCGUGACAAUGUCAUCAUGACAGACAUAAUCAAACCGCCCAAGCACAUUCUCCAGAGCGGUCCCUACUACUUUGCCGAUGUUCUGGACUUCAAGAAUGUACAGGAGCUGAUCGUUAACGAGCGGAUUGACUGGUUGGUUCACUUCAGUGCCCUGCUCAGCGCCGUCGGAGAAGAGGAUGUUCCUUUGGCAAUCAAGGUCAACAUACAAGGUCUCCACAACGUGAUGGAGCUGGCAAAGAUGUACCAGCUGCGGAUCUUCUGCCCAAGCACCAUCGGAGCCUUUGGGCCGGAAUCACCCCGCAAUCCAACGCCUGACGUGACCAUCCAGCGGCCACGGACAAUAUACGGGGUGUCCAAAGUCCAUGCAGAGCUUCUUGGAGAGUAUUACCACCACCGAUUUGGAGUCGACUUCCGUUCACUGAGGCUUCCUGGUGUCAUAUCGGGAGAUACGACACCUGGCGGGGGGACAACAGAUUAUGCGGUGCAAAUCUUUGACGAGGCCCUGACGUCAGGCCUCUUCACCUGCUACUUGAAGCCCGACACCAUGCUGCCAAUGAUCUACAUCGAUGACUGUCUGCGGGCCGUGGUGGAGAUGCUGGAGGUCCCCGAGGAGAAGCUGAGUCGCAGGACGUACAACAUCGCAGCCGUCAGCUUCACACCGCAGGAGCUGGCCGACGAGAUCAAGAAGGUGGUCCCCCGGCUGGAUGUCGACUAUAAACCAGACUCGCGACAAGACAUUGCCGAUUCCUGGCCGCAGAGGUUCGAAGAUUCGGGAGCGCGGACAGACUGGGGCUGGACCCACCACUACGACCUGACCGCACUGGUUAAUGUCAUGCUGGCGGUCGUGGGUGAACGGCUGGGAGUUACGACAGGCAGCGAGGCGACAGCAAAGGAAACAGUGUAGAACUUUGGAUGCAGCUGUAUCUUGUAUACAGAUCUUUUCUGCGAUAACAGUCAUUUCUAUUCCGCACUUGGAUUAAACAGGGUUUCCACACCGUUUUUUUUUUUGGGCAAGUCUCUGAAAGUUGCAUGAACUGGUGGAAGAUCAUUUUUACAAUUAAAUUGGGUGACUGCACGGAUUAGGUUAACUAAUAAGGAAAUUUGAUAGGUUGAUUUGUCAUACCUCUGACUUGGAUUCUGUUUCUUUAUUGGCCCAUAAUGAUCACAUGACAAGGCGACAUAACUACAUGUCACACUCCCAUCUCGUCAGCAAGCAUUAUAUGAUAUCACACGCAUGCAGUGUGCAGGAUGAUACAGGGACAGCUGAUCGCUACUGUUCAAAGACCCCUUUGUCGCCAUUAAUUUCCCUUAGGAAAACAAG